AAAGAAGAAAGUAUAUUUUUAAAAUAAAUUUUUUAAAAAAAUAUCGAAGUUUGAGAGAGAGAGAGAGAGUUCGUCUGUGUAUUUGAUAAAAGCUUAUGUGUGUUUUGCAGUGGGAAAGAGAAAUAAACAAAAAAAAUGGAAGACCCAAUUUGCAGAGACGUCCCCCGAAUUCUCUCCUCUUUUGUUGACACCUUCGUCGACUUCUCCGUCAGUGGUCUCUUCUUCUUACCAUUAAUGCAAAACCCUAACCCUAAUUCUCCUCAAACCCCCCAUUCACAUCUUCCAUCCACUUCGCCUCCGUCGCUGCAAACUCGGUACCCCCCUCCCCGUCGUCUCAUCGCCCUCGGCGACCUCCACGGUGACCUCUCCAAGUCCAAACAAGCACUGCGGCUCGCCGGCCUCAUCGACGCCUCUGACAGAUGGGCCGGCGGCGCCGCCACCCUCGUUCAGAUCGGCGACGUGCUCGACCGCGGCGGCGACGAGCUCAAGAUUCUCUAUUUCCUCGAGAAGCUGAAGCGCGAAGCUUCCAGAGCCGGCGGUGCUGUGAUUACGAUGAACGGCAAUCACGAGAUCAUGAACGUCGACGGCGACUUCAGGUACGUCACGAAAUCGGGACUCGACGAGUUCAAGGUUUGGGCUGAUUGGUUCUGUGUUGGAAAUGAUAUAAAGAGUCUCUGUUCUGGGUUGCCAAACCCUAAGGACCCCUUUGAAGGGGUGCCUUUGUUCUUCAGUAACGUGAAGAAAGAAAUUCUACACGGAAUUAGGGCUAGAAUCGCUGCAUUGCAACCGGAUGGCCCCAUUUCGGCUCGAUUUUUAUCGCAAAAUGCGACUGUGUUGGUGGUUGGCGAAUCGGUUUUUGUUCAUGGAGGCCUUUUGCCGAACCAUGUGUUUUACGGGUUGGAAAGGAUUAAUGCGGAUGUGAGGGAUUGGAUUUGUGGGUUGAAGGGGAGGGUUUCCCCCAGUUAUUUGCGGGGGAGGCAUUCGGUAGUCUGGUUAAGGAAAUACUCUCACGAGUCUGCAAAGAAUUGCGAUUGUUCCAUGCUUGAACACGUUCUGGCGACGAUUCCGGGAGCGAAGAGGAUGAUCAUGGGUCACACGAUCCAGCAGAAUGGGAUUAAUAGCGUUUGCGAGAACAAAGCAAUCCGAAUCGAUGUGGGCAUGUCGAAGGGGUGCACGAAUGGGUUGCCUGAAGUUUUGGAGAUUAAUGGGAAUUCUGAUUUGCGGAUCUUGACAUCAAAUCCUUUAUAUCAGAAGAAACAUGAAUAUUCUGCGCAAGUUGAUCGAAGAGAAGGGCUUGGGUUGUUGCUUCCUAAACAUGGAUCAAGACAGGCAGGAUGCCCAGGGAAAAUAGGGAAGGGAGAGUUCGAAGCAAAGGAGAAAGAAGAGGAAGGAGUUGGAAGAGCAAGGGAAGAAGUGAAUAUAGAGGGGAAGAAAGGCUGGAAAUUUUUUUUUUGAAGCCCCUCUAAUAGUUGGAGAAGAGAAGGAGCGAAGUAGGAAGAGCGAAGGAAGGAGUAAAUCUAGGGGGAAAAUAAUAUACUAAUCCUAUGUUUGGGAGCAUAUAUACAUUUAAGGACUUGGAUUUGGAUAUUUAUAGAUUUGAAACAAAUUUAAUACAAUUUUAUACUAUAUUGUAUCCAAAUUUACACAAAUCUAAAUCUAAGAUAUGAAUUUCAUGCUUCUAAACAUUGUGUAAAUUCUUUUUUGAAGCCCCUCUAAUAUUUGGCGCAAAGCUUGUGCAGGUGCCUUAGCUCAAACCUUUCUCUCCCAGGAAUUCGAAUUGCCACCUCUCUUACAGGAGCAUGUAUUAGUGAACUCGAAUAAUCUAUGGUAAACAAAACGUGUAUUUUAAAGACCCAUUUUACAGACCUCAACAUAAUGUCUUGAUUAGUCUGCAUAUACCAUACGGUUGUUAAACCAAAAACAACCCUAUCAUCCCUCUUCUCUCCUACUCCAAGAAGAGUUGUUCCUUGUGAAAUUGCCAAGCAAGCUGCAAGGGCCUUGUUGGUAUGUUGCUUUGCAUUAUGAUUGGUUAUGCAUUGACCAUUGUGAGAUUAUGAUGGAUCAGGUGUUCUAAUAGAACUGAAUUGAUGUUACUUUAAAAUGUUUUGUAUGCAAGAACGAAAUGGAAUUUAUCUUUACAUUUUU